CUAUAAUGCAAACUUUUUAACUACAAGAAACGUAUUAACUAUUUCUUGCCUUGUGGGUUCAAAUUCCUUUCCAGUGAACCAACAAACAGAUUUCCCCAACAAUGACAAGGCUCUUUUGCUUCCUUGAUUACACAAUGACUUCCAGGCAGGUGAAGGACACACCUUCGACAGGAUGCUGCAUCCUGCAUCACCAGCAGCGAGCCUCAGUGCUGACGCUUGCUGAUUUAAACCGUUCCCGCAGGGAUCAGAUUCACUCAGAGGAGCAGAAACUGCUGAACAAAGAACUCUACUGCGACUCUAACAUUAACUUUUACAGCUCAGGAAUGGACCGAGGAUUGAUUUUGUUGGUUGCUGCGUUGGUGGCUUAUGUGUCACCGGGUGUCCGAGGAACGGAACAUCUGUCCUUUGCCAAUGGUACAGAGGUAAACAUCACUCGGGCUGGUUGUGGAGAGACUAAACUAUGUGUGGAGACCCCAGACGACUGCGACCCCGCAGGAAACACCAGCUGUCUGUUUGCAUCCGUGGUCACCAGCACGCCAAUGGCUCCCAACGGCACUACGCUGUCCGUAGAAGUCAGAGGGUACUCCAUGGGAUACGUCGCAUUCGGACUCACUAUGAUGGCCUCAGAGGGUACCACCAUGCUAUUCAUCUGCGCUCAGAACAGCUCAGACAACGGGACGUUCUUCUUCAGGACGAUGGACAGAAACAACACUAACAAUAUGCUCACUCCAUCAGAGACGAGAACAAAAGAAAUUCGAGGCAUGGUGACAGGAAAUGUGAUCAAGUGUGAGUUUGACGUCCCAUACGUGAACGCCUCCAACACCAGGUCCAGCGCUGACACCACCUUCACGAUUCUCCUCGGGACGGGAUCCUUUGAUGGAAAUGCAAUCGGUGCCUUCAACGUGUCGCUGGACAGCGGCCUCCUGAACCUGGCCAACCCGGCGAGCAACAUCUCCCCCAUGAACGCCACAGCAACGCCAUCAACAACAGCCGGCAGUGGAGCCGUCCAGCCUCAUGCUGUGCUGCUCCUGCUGAGCGUCCUCGGGCUGUCUGUCCUGCUGAGAGCCUGAACGGAGGAAGACGUGACCAGUUUGAUAUGAUGAAGACAUAAAAACUGAGUGUCAAACUUUGUAUAAAAUGUUUUUUAAUGAGCUUAUUUAGACAUAUUUAAAGUAUAUUUUGCACUAUGUUUGUACCUAAGAUGAACUUUAAGCUAAAAAGAUUCAGCUUCACCAACACUAAUAAUAUUGAAGAGGUAUUUGCAAACACUUCUUGUGGUUUUAGUGUCAUUAUUCAAUUUUCUGCAAAGGACUUCUACAGUCUAAACUUCUUCAACCGAAAGCCACCCACCUGGUCUCACAGGCAGUUUCUGCAAAUACAAACUUACAGACUUUGUCAUUUGAAGUUAACUAUCAAGAUGUUUGUUAUACAGCUCAACUUGUCAAACCAAACAGCCAACAUCCUUUGUGGCGAGCCUGAUCAUAUUUUAAUAUUUACAUGUGAAACGUACUGUGACUGUAAAAUAUUUAAGGGACGGUGGAAGAGGUCCACCUAUUCUCAAAUAAAGGUGAAAUUCUG